AUGCAUACUCCCAAGCUCGUUGCGCUCGCGCUCGGCGUGAUACUACCUCAUCUCACGCGCGCUGAUCCUAGGUGCUCAGAAAUCAGCUUCGAAACGACUACCCUUUCCGCCAAGGCUGAGAAAAUCGAACUACCUAACCUCAAUCUCAACACCCCGGACUUGAUUGGUGGCCUUCUUAACCCUAUGCUUGGCUAUGUCGGUCAUAUCUGGCCUCUCGUUCCAAUUAAAGGCACCUACAGCAUAAGUGCAAUUUUCUGUGAGCCAGAAACGUACAACGGAGCCGAGGCAGUGCAGCUUUUGGUCCAUGGCGCAACUUAUAACAAACUUUACUGGUCGGGACUUGGACUUCCACAUGAUCAGGCUGAGCCCUACAACUGGGCCCGGUUCGCUGCCAACAAGGGAUAUGCGGUUCUUGCCAUUGAUCGUCCAGGAGCUGGGAAUUCCAGUCACCCGGACCCCUUGCUGGAAGUACAGGCCAACCUUGAGGCUGAAGUCAUUCAUCAGAUUGUACUGCAACUCCGUAAUGGCCAGAUUGGCGGCAAGAAGUUCCCCAAGGUCGUCGGCGUUGGCCACUCGCUCGGCUCUAUUUUUGCGAUUAGGGCGACGCAACUUUACCCACAGGAUUUCGACGCUCUUGUCUUGACCGGAUUUAGCGCGAACUUUGUAGAGAACUUGCCCAAGCUCUUGAAGACAGGGAUUCUGCCCGCAAGGGCUGGCAUUCCUGAACGAUUCGCGCAUCUCCAGCUUCUCUAUCUCGCUGGCACCAUCCGCCGCGCCAUACGCGAUCUCUUUUAUGGCCCCGAGGGAACCUUUGACCCAAAAAUUGAACGGUACAAUUGGGAGUAUCGGGAUGUAGUAGCAACGGGUGAGCUGAUCACUAUUCUGUCGGGAUCCACCGAAACGAGCUAUUCAGGCCCAGUGCAGAUUAUCAACGGUCAGCUUGAUAGCUUGUUUUGCUCCCCAACAGAUGGGAUGUGUGCCCCGGGUCCCGGCGCUCCACCUGGCAAUACCGCUCCGCUCUUCCCCAGUGCCGUCAAUUUUACCACCAACAUCAUCCCGAACACCGGCCACUGCCUCAACCUGCACCACAGCGCCCGUGAGACCUUUUCCAUUGCCCAUGACUUUCUCCACGACAAUAUUGUAGAGGUGUAG